AUGGGGCUCUUGGGACUUCUGCCAGUCCUGGCAUUCUUCAUCCUCUUGGGGGGAGUCCAGGAACCUGAGCUGGUUGAGGGGUUCUUUGGCAAGAGGUGUCCCCGAACCAGAGUACCAUGCAUUUACAGAGAAAUCGACCAGUGCACGAGGAGCAAACCAUGCCCCGGGAAGAUGAAGUGUUGCAAUUUUAACUGUGCAAAGAAAUGUUUAGACCUCAAGGAAGACAUAUGCAGUUUGCCAAUGGAUAUUGGCCUCUGCCUGGCCCGCAUUCCACGCUGGUGGUACAAUAAGGAGAUCAAAAGCUGCUCCAGAUUCAGCUAUGGUGGUUGCAGUGGGAACAAUAACAACUUCCAGUCUAGAGCUGUCUGCAGGGCCAUCUGCCCAGAUAUAUAGUCACCAUCUCCCUGAGUAGGAUAAAGAGGACUGGAACAACCUCCAGAAUUUGGCUCAUAAUUCAGGGAUGUCUCCAUGUGUGCCUGAUGGAUGCUUCAUAUCGGCUUCCUCUGGCCAAAUCGCAGCUGCCAAGACACUGACUGUUCCAAAACCCAACCCCCAGGAUUUGCUUACUCCCUUUCCUCCAACGCAGCUUUUCUUCAAACACAAUGCCCUUCACCCUUUAACCUUUUCUCAGUGUCUGGUCCUAUCUCUUCACU